CUCAUAGCCGAAGUGGAAUACACAUGUUUCUGGCUCCUGGAAGCGAUUUUGUUUUUUUGUGGUACUCAAAUGCAAUCAUUUUGAAUUCUAUAUUUGACAUGUAAAAGUACACUGACUAGAGAGCUAAUAAUGGCUGUAGUUAAAAAAUAUAUAAAUAAAUAAAUAAAUAUAUCGCAUUAUGCCUUUCCCAUCCUGCGUCGAGCUGCGCAGCUUUGACACUCGCCAAGUCCCCCGUCACACUCGAGGACAUGGGACCGUGAAAGUAUGGCGGAUGCCGAGGAGCCGGAGAAGAAAAGAAGGCGAAUAGAAGACCUGACAGAGAAGUUAGUGACGAAUGCUAAUGAAAGAAUGGCUGUAGAUGGUGGUGCCUGCGACUGGGACGGCCGGUGGAAUCACGUGAGGAAGUUCCUGGAGAGACCUGGUCCAUUCACACAUCCUGAUUUCGAGCCAAGCACAGAGUCUCUGCAGUUCCUGUUGGAGACGUGCAAGAUUUUGGUGAUCGGCGCCGGUGGACUUGGCUGUGAACUGCUCAAAGAUCUGGCCUUGUCUGGGUUCCGCCUCAUUCAUGUGGUUGACAUGGACACUAUUGACUUGUCUAACCUCAAUCGGCAGUUUCUUUUCAGGCCUAAAGAUGUUGGACGACCAAAAGCAGAAGUGGCUGCUGACUUCAUUAACAGUCGCAUCCCUGGAUGUAAAGUUGUCCCUCACUUCAAAAAAAUCCAGGAAUUUGAUGAGUCCUUCUACAGGCAGUUCCACAUCAUCGUCUGUGGGCUGGACUCCAUCAUUGCCAGGCGAUGGAUGAACGGCAUGCUGAUAUCCCUCCUGAGCUACGAAGAUGGAAUACUGGAUCCCAGCUCCAUCAUCCCCCUCAUUGACGGAGGCACAGAAGGCUUUAAAGGAAAUGCUCGUGUUAUUUUACCCGGCAUGACGGCUUGCAUCGACUGCACACUCGAGCUGUACCCACCGCAGGUUCAUUUCCCCAUGUGCACGAUUGCGUCCAUGCCGAGGCUCCCUGAACAUUGCAUUGAAUAUCCAAGAAUAUUUCAGUGGCCCAAAGAAAAGCCAUUUGGAGAAACGAGUUUAGAUGGAGACAAUCCCGAGCAUAUCCAGUGGGUGUUUGACAGAGCACUCGAGCGAGCCGCACAGUUCAACAUCACAGGAGUCACAUACAGACUCACUCAAGGAGUUGUGAAGCGGAUCAUUCCUGCUGUGGCAUCGACAAAUGCUGUUAUCGCUGGACACCACACACAAAGAUCAUGUUCUGCCAGUGAUCUCGAAAUCUCACGUGCUCACGUGAUCUCACAAAAACCAAGACGAGCAGACACUUCCAGGGCGCUUCUUUCCUUGGCUACAUUCCGUUCCCCCUUCGCAAUUCACGGAGUCACGACUCAGGGAGACCUCAGCUUUCCCCACACACAUGGAGAGUUUUGGUCGUAAAUAUUGAACACGUUCAUUAUUUAAGAUUUUCGGCCCCCACCUGUUUCGGACUAAAGACUGACAAUUUCCGGGAAUCCCACCGGUCCCGUGGGUCCUCCAGGCUUGGAGUAAAUUUCACUGUUAAUCACAUGAUUGGGCAGGAGCGGGAGUAAAAGUCACUGGGAGCGGGAACUAUGACAACAAAGUCACCGGGAGUGACUGUAGUGACUCUACUCCAGGUGACUUUCAAAAUAUUAUCUCGAUAUGAACAAAAUCAACCAUGUACAUUUCCCUACCUCAUAAGUACAUGUACAGCUCAUUUUUUACACUUGCUCUUAUAUGCAAAGCUAAAGCCAGCCAGUCGCAAACCUUAUUUUAUGUUAGCUGUGGAAUGACAGCUGAACCCAGCCAACGACAAACGUCUGAGGGUGGGAGCAACGAGGAAGACGCACAGUCACGCAUGCACUUCCGACACAGUGGGGAAUUUUUAAAGCGAGUGGAAGGUCUUGAUGAUAUAUGACAGAUUUGGUGGCAAAAAAAAAAAGUCAUCCUCCGUUAUUUGGAGGUAGUUCGGAUUAAAAAAGAGUUGCUAAACCAGAGCAAAGUGUAGUUCAGAUUGUGAUCACUUAGCAAAAAUUGUGAGGAUGCAUGAAGCAUGUGUGUGCAGUUAAGAUGUACAGAGCCUUGCCAAAUUAGAAUAUCAUUGAAAAGUUUAUUUAUUUCCAGAAUUCCAUUCAAAAAAUGUUACUUUCAUAGAUUAUAGAUUCAGGGCCCACAAUUUUAAAAAUUUCAAGUAUUUGUUUGUUUAUUUUUUCAUAAUUUGGGCUGCCAGCUCAAAACCCACAAAAUCAGGAAUUCAAAAAAUUAGAGUAUUGUGAAGAAAUCAGCCCAAAUUUUGCAGGCCAUAAAUGUUUUAAACUGAGUGUCCCGCACUAAUAAUCUACUAAACUCAAAGGACCUGCACAGGUUUCCCCAGGUGUCAUUAAACUGCUUCAGUUUGGUUCAAUUGUCUCAGUUGGGUCCAAUAUGGGGAAGAUGGUAAGCCACAAAAUUUCAUAGCUAAGGAGGCUGGCUGUUCACAGAGUGCUGUGUCCAAGCAUAUCAAUGGAAAGUCUAGCGGAAGGACAAAAUGUGGCAGGAGAAGAUGCACCAGCAAAAGAGAUGACCGUGGGCUUCAGCGGAUUAUCAGAGUUGAAUGAGGCGGGAGUCACAGCUUCCAAAACCACCACAUUCAGACGCAUCCCGGAAAUGGGCUCCAACUGUCAGGUUCCUCGGGUCAAGCCACUUCUGAGCCUGAGCCAACGUAGGAAGCGUCACAACUGGGCCAAGGAGAAGAAGUACUGGACUGUUGGCCAGUGGUCCAAGGUCCUCUUUUCUGAUGAAAGUAAAGUGUCCCUUUCAUUGGGGAAUCAAGGUCCAAGGGUUUGGAGGAAGACUGCUGAAGAACCAGAACCCAAGCUGCUUGAGGUCCAGUGUGAAAUAUCCACUGUCAGUCAUGAUUUGGGGUGCAAUGUCCAAUGCAGGUGUUGGUAAACUCUGCUUUCUUAAAUCCAAGGUCACUGCAACAGUCUACCAGAAUGUCUUAGCGGACUUCAUGAUUCCUUCUGCUGAAGAUCUGUAUGGCGAUGCAGAUUUCAUCUUCCAGCAGGACCUUACCCCUCCCUAUACCGCCAGAAGCACCAAAACCUGCUUUGAUGCCCAUGCCACCACAGUGCUUGACUGGCCACCCAACUCGCCGGAUCUAAACCCCAUUGAGAAUCUAUGGGGUAUUAUCAAGAGGGAAAUGAGGGGCAUCAGACCCAAAAACAAAGAAGAAAUCUGGGUUUCCAUAACUCCCAGGCAAUGCCACAGGAUGAUUGCCUCAAUGGCACGGCGCAUCGAGGCAGUGAUUAAAGCAAAGGGAUUCCCAACCAAGUAUUGAAGAUUAACAUCGUUUUGAACGUACCAUCUUUUGAUUGCUUUAAUGUGACCCUAAUUUCUUUCUUUUUUUUUUCUACAACAAAUAAGUAAAUGGUGGUUUCGUCACAGUUUUAUAAUUAUUUGAAUUCCUGCUUUUGUGGGUUUUAUGAACUGGAAGCCCAACUUGUGUAAAAAAUAAACAAAUACUUGAAAUUGUUUAAAUUGUGGACCCUGAAUCUAUAAUCUAUGAAAGUUUAACUUUUUGAAUGGAAUUAUGGAAAUAAAUAAACCUUUCCAUAUUAUUUAUUUUUUUGGAAAGGGUCUCUAUGUAUUAACUUUCUCAGAUAAUGAUUUAUUAAUCCAGCUAGAAUUAAUAUGAUUGUGAAUAAAUGUGAAGAAAUUGCUUUGUUGUUCCUGCAUAGAAACAUACAGCAUAGGCUUCCUGGACUCAUGUUCUCUACCACUUUGUUUGAACUAAAGUUCUGGACAGUGUUCUUGUUCAAAUGUGCCAAUGCGUUGAUUUUAAUAAGGCUAUAUUUUGUUUCGUGAUCAUCCCAAAAAUUGAAUAUAUUUACUAAAGCCGACAUGGUAUGACGUACUGCAUAUUUUAUAAUAAAAAUCAAGCAGGUUUAAAAAAAACAAUUAUAAUAAAAAAAAUAUGUUUUAAAUGGGGGAGGGGUGGGUAGUGGGAGUGGGAUUCAGUAAAAUUUUGUCCUGGGAUUGGGAGGGAAUGGGAUUAAUCACUGUGGGAGUGAGAGGGAGCAGUCAACAUCCACUCCUGUGUCAGCCUCUAUUUUGGAACCUACAAUCGGGACAAAUCCACUCUUAACACACCUCAGACCUAAGGACAAUCUUAUCGGAUAAUCAUAUAAGAUUGUCUGGCGUUUGAUGUGCUUGGUUGGGGAGGGGCAGAAUCGGCACAAAAACAGCCCGACUGUCUGUGUGUGUACCGUUCUUAACAUUCAAAUAACAGCUUCAAAAUCAUGGUGAUUUUACACUGACAAAUGUUCAAAGUGGGAAUAGCCCUUAAUUCUUGUUUUGCUGUACUGCUUGUGUUCU